AUGAACCCUUCCCGGGCUCCCCGGCUGAGCUCAUGUGUUUUGUGCAAGCAGCGCAAGAUCAAAUGCGAUCCGACAACGCGGCCUUGCGCGCAGUGCAUCAAGGCGCAGGUCGAGUGCAUCGAGGGGACGCGAAUAACAACCCGCACCCGCCGGCGCCCCCAGCAAGAGCUCCUGGAGCGCCUUGCCCGGUGCGAGGAGCUCCUUAAGCAGCAGCAGCAAGGGACAAGCUCGACAAACUCUCCAAUGACUCAAUCCCCCCAGCCGAGAGGGACGGACGAAAGCGCACCGGAGCCUGUCUCCGUCGAAGAGCCGCAGACGCGCCUCAAGCCAAAGUCAGCAGGCGGCAAAAUGGUCAAUGACAAGGGCAAGGUCCAGUUCAUGGACAGCCAGGCAUGGGUUAACAUUCAUGAGGAAAUUCACGCCAUUAAAGAGCUUGUCGAGGCCGAUGAGCCAGACAAUAGCAGCGCUUUCGGGUCCGAGCCAUCGGCCAAUAGUGAUGUACUCUUCUCCGAUCCGUUCCCCAACCGGAGCAUCGAGGAUCUCCGGCCAGAGCCAAUCCAUAUCUUCAAGCUCUGGCAGGUAUUUGUCGCCCGGGUAAAUCCCAUUGUCAAGGUCGUUCACGUUCCCACGGUGCAGUCGCAGGUCAUGGCGGCGUCAACAGAUUUCAACAGCAUCCCUUUGCGCUCCCAAGCACUUCUAUUUGCUAUUUUCGCCAUGGCCGUACUUUCGUUGACCAAGGACGAAGCGUUGGAGAUUCUGGGAAGUUCCCGACAAGAUUACCUCAGAAGACUUCACGUUGGCACAAAGAUUGCGCUUGCUAAGCUUGAUUUCCUCAAUAACUACGACAUGGUCGUGCUUCAAACCUUGUUACUCUAUUUUUUCUCACUCGAAAACACUUACAACAGCCACGCAACUUGGAUUCUCGGCGGACUGAUAGUUCGUCUCGCACAAAAGAUGGGCUACCACCGCGAUGGAGAGACAUUGGGCCUGACCCCUUACGAGACAGAGAUGCGCCGGCGGAUAUGGUGGCAGAUAGUGCUGCAGGACUGCAAGAACGCCCUCGUCUCCGGUUUGAGCCACUCGAUGCUCCUUAAGAACUGGGACACCAAGAUGCCACAGAACGUCAACGACGCCGACCUUUUCCCCGGCUCUUCGGAGCCCAUCUACCCCAGAGAGGGACCUACCGAAAUGGGGUUCUGCCUCUACAGCUACCACCUCGCCAAGUUUCUGACGGACGCCGAGUCCCUCUAUGAAUCCGAUUCUCCCAAUCCGUGGGAUCAUGACGAGCUUUUGCUUCUCCCACUGACGCAGCGGAACAAACAGCUCGUCGAAAGGCUCGAGAACUCCCUCAACGAGUUAGAGGAGCGGUAUAUUGAUGCGUACGCCGGUAACAUACACGUUUUUUCCUUGGCCCUGCGCCCAAUCCUGGUCGCAAAGACGCGGGAGAUGACGAUCCCCAUGAGGCAGCAGCCAGAAUGGGGCACGGAAAUCUUCAACAAGAAGGACAACCUGUUCAAGACGGUGCUGAUUGCCGCCGAGGACUUGCGGAAUAUAUACGAAGUCUCGAUCCAGACGGGGUUUGUCUGGUUCGUCAAGCAUCACUUCCGCCUCGACGUCCUGGCAUUCCUCGUUGCGCAGCUGUGCCAGCGCCCCAUCGGCAUUCUCACGGACCGCGGCUGGAGGUUCGUGGAGACCGUGUACAGCUAUGAAGACCAGCUCUUUGACCUCACCCAGCGGCCCUUUGCCCAGCAAGCAAAACUCGUGGUCAGGGCGUGGGACGUCCGCCAGCGGGUUCACGCUCAGGCCGGCACGGUGCUGGAGACGCCCGAGUUCGUUCGACGCUUGCAGGAGGCUCUGGGCACAACCGGCAGCCGGGCAGUCAAAUCGGCCGGGUCAUCACACCAGGCAGAGGAGACGGAGGUGGAGGCGGAGGCGGACCAGAGUCUGGAGAGUGCCUUCGAUGUCUUGGGGUCUGACUGGCAGGCUUUGCCGGACAUUACUUACUCUCAGGGGCAAAUGGGCCCGGACUUCUAUGGGAAUCAGUUUGGACCCUUUUACUGA